AUGGAGGUGGGCGUGGAUAGCCCGCCCACCUCCAAAAAAAGACCACGACGGCCUGAUGAUCACCAGAACGGAUCUGGUCUUGGCGGCGGAGGUGCAAUAGAUGUAAGUUUUAUAAGUCCCCAGUUGGCUCCAUUCUGUGAAUGGUCAGUAUAUGAUGAUGCUAUGGGUAGUUACCACUACCCAACUAUCACAAAUAUUACUAUAAACCCUGAAAGAUAUACACUAAUAUAUGGUACAGAAAAAUUUUUGUAUAAUAAAACAGAUUGGAAUAAAUAUGCAGAAGUCUCUAAUAAAGUCUUCCAAGACAUGAUAGUUAGUAAAGAGAAUCCAGUUGCCUCUUAUGAGGAGUUUUGUAACAGACUUAAUAAGCUUAAACAAAUGUGUGUUCCUAAAUUUACUAAAACCAACUUUAGAGGCAGACCACCAGCGCCCUGGUGGAAUAGUACAUGUGAAGAGGCUGUUAUAAAAUCUUACAACGCACUUAAACUUUAUAGAAACGAUCCCACGGUAGAUAAUUAUAUAAAUUAUAAAAGACUAGACGCGCUAAAGAAACGCACUAUAAAGGAGCAAAAACGAAUUAGUUGGAAUAGUUACUGUAACAGCUUUAAUAGAACUACUCCUAUUAGUCAAAUUUGGAAUCUCAUUAAAAAGUUUAAGGGUGUCAGAACUGGUAAUAAGUCGUAUAGGGAUGAUUUUGUGCAACCAUUCUUAGACAAACUAUCUGAUAAUACAAAUUUAGUAAACUCCAAUUCAUUAAAUGAUUAUUUUAUAUCUAACAAUGAAAACCCUCAAUCAAGAUUUCUUUUAGAACCUUUUUCAUGGUCCGAAUUUAUAACGAGUUUACAAUCCCGUAAAAAUACUAGUCCCGGUUUAGAUGACUUUCCCUAUUUAUUAAUAACAUAUUUACCUGAAUCCAUAAAAUUAAUAUUUUUAAAUGUACUUAACAGUCUCUGGUAUAAGAAGUUAAUUCCAACAUCAUGGAAGACUCAAUGUGUUAUUCCAAUUCUUAAACCAGAUAAAUCACCAGAAAAUGCAAGUUCUUAUCGUCCAAUCUCACUAUCAUCAUGUCUUGGUAAGAUAUUUGAAAACAUGUUGAAGACUCGCCUCGACUGGUAUGCGGAAUCAAAUACUAUCAUCCCUCACAUUCAAUAUGGAUUUCGUAAAGGAAGAAGCUGUGCAGACAGCUUUAUUUCUCUAACAAAUGAUCUGAAAAAUGCGAAAAAUAAUAAGAUACAUACAGUUUGCGUAUUUUUAGAUGUCCAAGGGGCCUUUGAUAGUGUAGAUCCUGGCAUACUGGUCAAGGUACUAAGUAAUGCUGGGAUACCAGGAGAAUUGUGUAAAUGGAUCUAUGAUUUUCUAAGUAAUAGAGUUCUAUAUGUUAGGCAUAACAAUGUUCUACAUGGACCCAGAAUUGCCUCAAAAGGUACCAUGCAAGGUGCAACUUUGUCACCAUUGUUAUAUAACUUGUACACAUGUGAAAUAUGUAAAUAUGUAGAUACCAAAAAUGUAAAUAUACUUCAGUUUGCUGAUGAUUUAGUUUUAUACAGUUCGGAUUUAAACUUAACAUUAGCUGUAGAAAAAGUAAAUACUGGAUUAAGACAACUGAAUAACUAUUACCAGCACAGACUAAACUUAAAAGUAAAUACUAUGAAAAGUAAUGUCAUGAUAUUUGGAAAAGACCUACCAAUGAUAAAUGUUACUUACAAUGGUGAUGUUAUACAACAAGUACUCUCACUGGCCAUGUUACACUCAUUCAUACGCCAGUAUAAUGCAUCCAAUAGUAGUUUUUUCAAUGAUAAUCAAUAA